ACUGAGGCUCCAACUUCAACAACAGCUCCAACUACCACAACAGCAGCUCCAACAACCACAACUGACGCUCCAACUACAACAACAACAGCUCCAACAACUUCAACUGAGUCUCCAACUACGACAACAACAGCUCCAACAACCACAACUGAGUCUCCAACUACAACAACAACAGCUCCAACUUCCACAACAACAGCUCCAACAACCACAACUGACGCUCCAACUACCACAAAAAUAGCUCCAACUACAACAACAACAGCUCCAACUACCACAACAACAGCUCCAACUACCUCAACUGGGGCUCCAACUUCAACUGGGGCUCCAACUACAACAACAGCACCAACAACGACAACUGAGGCUCCAACUACAACAACAACAGCUCCAACUACCACAACAACAGCUCCAACAACCACAACUGACGCUCCAACUACCACAACUAAGGCUCCAACUUCAACAACAGAUCCAACAACCUCAAAUGACGCCACAACUACCACAACAACAGCUCCAACAACCUCAACUGAGGUUCCAACUACAACAACAACAGCUCCAACUUCCACAACAACAGCUCCAACAACCACAACAACAGCAGCUCCAACUACAACAACAACAACAGCUCCAACUACCACAACAACAGCUCCAACAACCACAAAUGAUGCUCCAACUACCACAACAACAGCUCCAACUACCACAACAACAUUUCCAACAACCACAACUGACGCUCCAACUACCACAACAACAGCUCCAACAACCACAACUGAGGUUACAACUACGACAACAACAGCUCCAACAGCUCCAACAACCACAACUGACGCUCCAACAACCACAACUGACGUACCAACUACAACAACAAUAGCUCCAACUACCACAACCGAGGCUGCAACUACCCCAACAACAGCUCCAACAACCUCAACUGAGCCUCCAACUACAACAACAACAACAGCUCCAACAACCACAACUGAGGCUCCUACUACCACAACAACAGCUCCGACAAGCACAACUGAGGCUCCAACUACAACAACAACAGCUCCAACUACCACAACAACAGCUCCAACAAUCACAAAUGAUGUUCUAACUACCACAACAACAGCUCCAACAACCACAACUGACACUCCAACUACCACAACAACAACUCCAACUACCACAACAACAUCUCCAACUACCACAACAACAGCUCCAACUACAACAACAAUAGCUCCAACUACCACAACAACAACAACUCCAACAACCACAACUGAUACUCCAACUACCACAACAACAGCUCCAUCUACAACAACAACAGCUCCAACUACCACAACAACAGCUCCAACAACCUCAACUGAGGCUCCAACUGCAGCAAUAAUAACAGCAGCAGCAGCAGCACCAACAACCACAACUGAGGCUCUAACUACAACAACAACAGCUCCAACUACAACAACAACAGUUCCAACAACCACAACUGAUGCUCCAACUACCACAACAACAGCUCCAACAACCUCAACUGAGGCUCCAACUACAACAAUUACAACAGCAGCUCCAACAAGCAUAACUGAGGCUCCAACUACCACAACAACAGCUCCAACAACCACAACUGAUGUUCCAACUACCACAACAACAGCUCCAACAACCACAACUGACACUCCAACUACCACAACAACAGCUCCAACUACCACAAAAACAGCUCCAACUACCACAACAAAAGCUCCAACUACCACAACAAAAGCUCCAACUACCCUUACUGAGGCUCCAACUACCACAACAACAGCUCCAACUACCUCAACUGAGGCUCUAACUACAACAGCAGCUCCAACAAGCACAACUGAGGCUCCAACUACCACAACAACAGCUCCAACAACCACAACUGAUGUUCCAACUACCACAACAACAGCUCCAACAACCACAACUGAAACUCCAACUACCACAACAACAGCUCCAACUACCACAAAAACAUCUCCAACUACCACAACAAAAGCUCCAACAACCACAACUGAUACUCCAACUACCUCAACUGGGGCUCCAACUACCUCAACUGGGGCUCCAACUUCAACAACAGCUUCAACUACAUCAACAACAGCUCUAACUACCACAACAACUGCUCCAAAACCAACAACUGAUACUCCAACUACCACAACAACAGCUCCAACUACAACAACAAGAGUUCCAACUACCACAACAACAGCUACAACUACCUCAACUGAGGCACCAACUACCACACCAACAGCUCCAACUACCUCAACUGAGGCUACAACUACAACAAUAGCACCAACAACGACAACUGAGGCUCCAACUACCACAACCACACCUCCAACAACCACAACAACACCUCCAACAACCACAACUGAUGCUCCAACUACAACAACAACAGCACCAACAAGCACAACAGAGGCUCCAACUACCACAACAACAGCUCCAACUACAUCAACAACAGCUUCAACUACCACAACUGACACUCCAACUACAAUAACAACAGCUCCAACAACCUCAACUGAUGCUCCAACUACAACAACAACAGCACCAACAAGCACAACAGAAGCUCCAACUACCACAACAACAGCUCCAACUACAUCAACAACAGCUUCAACUGCCACAACUGACACUCCAACUACAAUAACAACAGCUCCAGCAACCACAACUGAGGCUCCAACUACAACAACAACAGUUCCAACUACCACAACAACAGCUCCAACAACCACAACUUCAACAACAGCUUCAACUACAUCUAAAACAGCUCCAACAACCACAACUGAUGUUCCAACUACCACUACAACAGCGCCAGAAACCACAACUGAUGUUCCAACUACCACAACAACAGCUCCAACAACCACAACUGGUACUCCAACUACCACAACAACAGCUCCAACUACCACAACAAUAGCUCCAACUACAACAACAACAGCUCCAACUACAACAACAACAGCUCCAACUACAUCAACAACAGCUUCAACUACCACAACUGACGCUCCAACUACAACAACAACAGCUUCAACAACCUCAACUGAGGCUCCAACUACAACAAUAACAACAACAGCAUCACCAACAACCACAACUGAGGCUCCAACUAUCACAACAACAGCUCCAACUACAACAACAAUAGCUCCAACAACCUCAACUGAGGCUCCAACUUCAACAACAGCUUCAACUACAUCAACAACAGCUCCAACUACCACAACAACAGCUCCAACAACCACAACUGAUGUUCCAACUACCACAACAACAGCUCCAACAACCACAACUGAGACUCCAAAUACCACAACAACAGCUCCAACUACUAUAACAAGAGCUCCAACUACCACAACAACAGCUCCAACUACCUCAACUGAGGCUCCAACUACCACACCAACAGCUCCAAAUACCUCAACUGAGGCUACAACUACAACAAUAGCACCAACAACGACAACUGAGGCUUCAACUACCACAACAACACCUCCAACAACAACAACAACACCUCCAACAAUCACAACUGAGGCUCCAACUACAUCAAUAACAACAGCACCACCAACAACCACAACUGACGCUCCAACUACCACAACAACAGCUUCAACAACCUCAAAUGAGGCUCCUACUACAACAAUAGCAACAGCAGCUGCAACAAGCUCAACUGAGGCUCCAUCUACCACAACAACAGCUCCAACUACAACAACAGCUCCAACUACCUCAACAACAACAACUGAUGUUUCAACUACCACAACAACAGCUCCAACAACCACAACUGAUACUCUAACUACCACAAAAACAGCUCCAACUACAAUAAAAACAGGUCCAACUACCACAACAACAGCUCCAACUACCUCAACUGAGGCUCCAACUACCUCAACUGAGGCUCCAACUACAACAACAGCACCGACAACUGAGGCUCCAACUACCACAACAACAGCAACAACAACAGCUCCAACUUCCACAACAACAGCUCCAAUAACCACAACUGAUGUUCCAACUACCACAACAAAAGCUCCAACAACCACAAAUGACGCUCCAACUACCACAACAUCUGCUCCAACUACAACAACAACAGCUCCAAGUACAUCACCUGAGGCUCCAACUACAACAACAACAACUCCAACUACAACAACAACAGCUCCAACUACCUCAACUGAGGCUCCAACUACCACAACAACAACAACUACAACAACCACAACAACUGCUCCAACAACCAGAACUGAUGCUCCAACUACCACAACAACAGCUCCAACUACAACAACUGAAGCUAAAACUACAACAACAGCUCCAACAACAAAAACUGAGACUCAACCAACAACAACAGCAACUCCAACUACAACAACCAGAGCUCCAACAACCACAACUGAGGCUCAACCAACAACAACAGCUCCAUAUACAACAACAGCUCAAACAACCACAACAACAGCUCCAACAACCACAACUGACACGCCAACUACCACAACAACAGCUCCAACAACAACAGCUCCAACUACAACAACAACAACUCCAACUCCAACUACCACAACAACAGCUCCAACUACCACAACAUCAACUCCAAUUACCACAACAUCAGCUCCAAAAACCACAACUGAGACUCAACCAACAACAACAACAGCAGCUACAACAACAACAACAGCAGCUACAACAACCACAACUGAGGCUCAACUAACAACAACAGCUCCAACAAUAAGAACUGACGCUCCAACUACAACAAUAACAACAGUAGCACCAACAACAGCUUCAACCACAACAGGAACAACCCCAACUGCCACAACAAUAGCUCCAACAACCACAACUGAGGCUCCAACAACUUCAACUGACGCUCCAACUACCACAACAAUCGCUCAACCAACUAUAACUGAGGCUCCAACAACUACAACUGACGCUCCAACUACCACAACAAUCGCUCAACCAACUAUUACUGAGGCUCCAACUAUCAUGACAACAUUUCCACCGACAACAACUGAAGUUCUAACUACCACAUCAAUAGUUCCUAUCACCCCAACUGAUGUUCCAACUUUAACUACAACAGCUCCAACAACCACAACAACAUCUCCAACAACUUCAACUGAGGCUCCAACUACCACAAUAAUUUCUUCGACUACCAGUAAAUUACCUCUUUCAAAAACAACAGAGCCUCCAACAACCGCAACAACAGCUCAAACAACCAAAACUGAGGCUCCAGCUACCAAAACAAUAGGUCCAACAACAGCCUCAACCACCACAACCGUUGCUGCAACAACCGAAACUAUCGCAACAACUGCAUCGACAGUAAUAAUAAGCAUUGCAGCAACAAGCACAACUAUAUCAACAACUCCAUCUACAGCUCCAAGAACAACAGUGUCACCGAUGACCACAACUGUUUCUGAGACAUCUACAACACCACCAUCAACCACAACAUCAAUUCCAAAAACAGCCCGUCCAACCACCACCACAACUAUUUACCAAACAGGUACAAAAACAUCUCCAACCACUACAACUCUUCCAAGAACUCUAAGUACAGCUUCAAGAACAGACACUGAGGGUGUGAUAAGCACUAGAGUACCUCCAACCACUACAACUGUUCCUCAGACAGCACUUUUCACCCCCACAAGACUUCCACAGCUUCUAACCACAGAUGCAAAAACAGAGACUGAGUCUCCAGCUGCUCAAGCUUCACUGACAACAAACAAUACAACAACCUUAAUUAUUACUGCAAUCACAACCACAAAAGGACUGACCACUACAACAGUGCCUCCACUGGCAAGUAUCUUCCCUGUGACAUCUGUACCGCAAAGAUCUGGUUCAGCAGUGGUCACAAGCAGACUAGUGUUCAACUCCUCAUCUCCUGUCCCCAGUGAAGAUCUGGUGCUCAUUGCUGUCACCACUCUGAGAAAAAACAGAGAGUCACAACUCAAUGAAACAGUGAAAGUGGGGAAUGUCACCUUUGAAAAAAUCUCGGACACCUCAUAUGCUCUCAUCAUCACAUUUUCUCUGAGUAACAUCAGCAUUCCACAAAACCAAGAACUGCAAAAUACAAUCAACAAUGCGCUGAACACUCUUCUGAAUGAGCCUACAAGUCCGGUUCUUCAACCCAAGACCUCAGACUUCACGAGCUCAUUGGACCAAAUAAAUGGCAAUAUAAAUUACACCUUCAAAGAAGGAGAUGAUAUAAAACCAGUCAGCUACUUAAAACUUCUUCAGUCACUUAUGGGACUGACCACUACAACAGUGCCUCCACUGGCAAGUAUCUUCCCUGUGACAUCUGUACCGCAAAGAUCUGGUUCAGCAGUGGUCACAAGCAGACUAGUGUUCAACUCCUCAUCUCCUGUCCCCAGUGAAGAUCUGGUGCUCAUUGCUGUCACCACUCUGAGAAAAAACAGAGAGUCACAACUCAAUGAAACAGUGAAAGUGGGGAAUGUCACCUUUGAAAAAAUCUCGGACACCUCAUAUGCUCUCAUCAUCACAUUUUCUCUGAGUAACAUCAGCAUUCCACAAAACCAAGAACUGCAAAAUACAAUCAACAAUGCGCUGAACACUCUUCUGAAUGAGCCUACAAGUCCGGUUCUUCAACCCAAGACCUCAGACUUCACGAGCUCAUUGGACCAAAUAAAUGGCAAUAUAAAUUACACCUUCAAAGAAGGAGAUGAUAUAAAACCAGUCAGCUACUUAAAACUUCUUCAGUCACUUAUGGGACUGACCACUACAACAGUGCCUCCACUGGCAAGUAUCUUCCCUGUGACAUCUGUACCGCAAAGAUCUGGUUCAGCAGUGGUCACAAGCAGACUAGUGUUCAACUCCUCAUCUCCUGUCCCCAGUGAAGAUCUGGUGCUCAUUGCUGUCACCACUCUGAGAAAAAACAGAGAGUCACAACUCAAUGAAACAGUGAAAGUGGGGAAUGUCACCUUUGAAAAAAUCUCGGACACCUCAUAUGCUCUCAUCAUCACAUUUUCUCUGAGUAACAUCAGCAUUCCACAAAACCAAGAACUGCAAAAUACAAUCAACAAUGCGCUGAACACUCUUCUGAAUGAGCCUACAAGUCCGGUUCUUCAACCCAAGACCUCAGACUUCACGAGCUCAUUGGACCAAAUAAAUGGCAAUAUAAAUUACACCUUCAAAGAAGGAGAUGAUAUAAAACCAGUCAGCUACUUAAAACUUCUUCAGUCACUUAUGGGACUGACCACUACAACAGUGCCUCCACUGGCAAGUAUCUUCCCUGUGACAUCUGUACCGCAAAGAUCUGGUUCAGCAGUGGUCACAAGCAGACUAGUGUUCAACUCCUCAUCUCCUGUCCCCAGUGAAGAUCUGGUGCUCAUUGCUGUCACCACUCUGAGAAAAAACAGAGAGUCACAACUCAAUGAAACAGUGAAAGUGGGGAAUGUCACCUUUGAAAAAAUCUCGGACACCUCAUAUGCUCUCAUCAUCACAUUUUCUCUGAGUAACAUCAGCAUUCCACAAAACCAAGAACUGCAAAAUACAAUCAACAAUGCGCUGAACACUCUUCUGAAUGAGCCUACAAGUCCGGUUCUUCAACCCAAGACCUCAGACUUCACGAGCUCAUUGGACCAAAUAAAUGGCAAUAUAAAUUACACCUUCAAAGAAGGAGAUGAUAUAAAACCAGUCAGCUACUUAAAACUUCUUCAGUCACUUAUUGGACUGACCACUACAACAGUGCCUCCACUGGCAAGUAUCUUCCCUGUGACAUCGGUACCGCAAAGAUCUGGUUCAGCAGUGGUCACAAGCAGACUAGUGUUCAACUCCUCAUCUCCUGUCCCCAGUGAAGAUCUGGUGCUCAUUGCUGUCACCACUCUGAGAAAAAACAGAGAGUCACAACUCAAUGAAACAGUGAAAGUGGGGAAUGUCACCUUUGAAAAAAUCUCGGACACCUCAUAUGCUCUCAUCAUCACAUUUUCUCUGAGUAACAUCAGCAUUCCACAAAACCAAGAACUGCAAAAUACAAUCAACAAUGCGCUGAACACUCUUCUGAAUGAGCCUACAAGUCCGGUUCUUCAACCCAAGACCUCAGACUUCACGAGCUCAUUGGACCAAAUAAAUGGCAAUAUAAAUUACACCUUCAAAGAAGGAGAUGAUAUAAAACCAGUCAGCUACUUAAAACUUCUUCAGUCACUUAUGGGACUGACCACUACAACAGUGCCUCCACUGGCAAGUAUCUUCCCUGUGACAUCUGUACCGCAAAGAUCUGGUUCAGCAGUGGUCACAAGCAGACUAGUGUUCAACUCCUCAUCUCCUGUCCCCAGUGAAGAUCUGGUGCUCAUUGCUGUCACCACUCUGAGAAAAAACAGAGAGUCACAACUCAAUGAAACAGUGAAAGUGGGGAAUGUCACCUUUGAAAAAAUCUCGGACACCUCAUAUGCUCUCAUCAUCACAUUUUCUCUGAGUAACAUCAGCAUUCCACAAAACCAAGAACUGCAAAAUACAAUCAACAAUGCGCUGAACACUCUUCUGAAUGAGCCUACAAGUCCGGUUCUUCAACCCAAGACCUCAGACUUCACGAGCUCAUUGGACCAAAUAAAUGGCAAUAUAAAUUACACCUUCAAAGAAGGAGAUGAUAUAAAACCAGUCAGCUACUUAAAACUUCUUCAGUCACUUAUGGGACUGACCACUACAACAGUGCCUCCACUGGCAAGUAUCUUCCCUGUGACAUCUGUACCGCAAAGAUCUGGUUCAGCAGUGGUCACAAGCAGACUAGUGUUCAACUCCUCAUCUCCUGUCCCCAGUGAAGAUCUGGUGCUCAUUGCUGUCACCACUCUGAGAAAAAACAGAGAGUCACAACUCAAUGAAACAGUGAAAGUGGGGAAUGUCACCUUUGAAAAAAUCUCGGACACCUCAUAUGCUCUCAUCAUCACAUUUUCUCUGAGUAACAUCAGCAUUCCACAAAACCAAGAACUGCAAAAUACAAUCAACAAUGCGCUGAACACUCUUCUGAAUGAGCCUACAAGUCCGGUUCUUCAACCCAAGACCUCAGACUUCACGAGCUUAUUGGACCAAAUAAAUGGCAAUAUAAAUUACACCUUCAAAGAAGGAGAUGAUAUAAAACCAGUCAGCUACUUAAAACUUCUUCAGUCACUUAUGGGACUGACCACUACAACAGUGCCUCCACUGGCAAGCAUCUUCCCUGUGACAUCUGUACCGGAAUCAUCUGGUUUAGCAGAGGUGACAAGCAGACUAGUGUUUGACUCAUCUCCAGUCCCCAGUAAAGAACUGGUGCUCAGUGCUGUCAACAGUCUCAGAAACUCUAGAGAGUCAAAACUUGAUAAAUCAGUGGAGCUAAAGAACGUGAGCUAUGAAAAAAUCUCAGACACCUCCUAUGCGGUCAUCUUUAAAUUUAGUCUGACUAACGUCAGCAUGUCUGACCCUGUCAAGGAAGUGCUGAAUAUAACCAACUCGGCGCUCAACACUCUACUGAAUGAGCCUGAAAUACCCUUCGAUGCCCCACUCAUCAAUUUCACUAGGAAAAACGGGAAGCAGAUUGAGGUUCAUAUGGACCGUGUCUUCAAUGAUGCAUAUAAAAUAAAACCUGUCAGUUUCUUAAAAGAACUUGAGUCACAAAAGCUAUCUCAGAACAAACUUAUAGAAGGGAAGGCGGUCAUUCACAUUCGCAUUCUGGUUGAACCGCUGGGCCCCAUACCCAGUGAAAACGCUAUUCGGGAGGUGAUUUCUUCGCUGGAUUCACGUUUUACAACUAAUCAGAAAGGGAAAUCGGAAAAGCUUGGUGAACCUGUCAGCUUUCAGAACGUGACCUUUCAGAAAAUUUCUGAUAAGUCAUAUGCCCUCGACUUUGGAUUUGAGAUCAACAACGUCUCAAUGGCAGAGAACAAAGGAAACAGGAAUAGCACCUACAAAUUUAUACAAGACGCUAUAAAUAAAUUGCUAAAUGAGAUGCUCCAUGAAAACCCAUCAGCUGAUAAGAUCAAUUUUGAUGAUGCCAAUUUCACGAAUGGCAUAGCUGAGGUCAGGGCAGAUGUGGUUUAUAACGUCUCAAAAAGCAAAAUCAAGGCUCCCAGUAAAUUUCUCCGCGAGCUUUUUAAAGACACAACUCCUAACAGACUUGGAACAGCAAUUAUUGUCAUUCGCCUUGUGUUUAUAACGCAAGGCCCCUUACCAACCAAGAAUGCUGUUCUACAGGCAGCCAACAAACUGCUAGACUCAGGCAUCAGAACCAAAAGAGAAGUGCCAACACUCAAUGACCCUGUGAGCAAUGUGAAUGUCACCUAUACAGAACUCUCUAACAACUCGUAUGCCCUCGAUUUUGGAUUUGAAAUCAGCGAUGUUAAUAUGUCUGAGAAAAUUGUACUCAGGGACAGCACACAUAACCUCGUCCAGGAUUCUAUUAAUAAACUGCUGAACCGAAUCUUAAACAACCAAACAACCCCUCUUCCUACAUUUAUUUUACCAAAGACCAAUUUCACGGGCAAUGACACUGUGAUUAGGGCAGAUGUUGUGUAUAUUUUCAAAGAUGAUGACAUCACGUCUCCCAGUCUUUUCCUCAAAGAAAUUCUCAAUGUUAAUAAUGGAUUGACCAUUACAACGGUGCCUCCACAGGCAACCAGGUUCCCUGUGACAUCUGUACCAGAAAUAAAGGGGAAGGCGGUCAUUCGCAUUCGCAUUCUGGUUGAAACGCUGGGCCCCAUACCCAGUGAAAACGCUAUUCAGGAGGUGAUUUCUUCGCUGGAUUCACGUUUUACAACUAAUCAGAAAGGGAAAUCGGAAAAGCUUGGUGAACCUGUCAGCUUUCAGAACGUGACCUUUCAGAAAAUUUCUGAUAAGUCAUAUGCCCUCGACUUUGGAUUUGAGAUCAACAACGUCUCAAUGGCAGAGAACAAAGGAAACAGGAAAAGCACCUACAAAUUUAUACAAGACGCCAUAAAUAAAUUGCUAAAUGAGAUGCUCCAUGAAAACCCAUCAGCUGAUAAGAUCAAUUUUGAUGAUGCCAAUUUCACGAAUGGCAUAGCUGAGGUCACGGCAGAUGUGGUUUAUAGCGUUUCAAAAAGCAACAUCACGGCUCCCACUAAAUUUCUCCUCAAACUUUUUGAAGGGACAACUCCGAGCAGACUUGGAACAGUAAUCAUUGUCAUUAAGCUUGUGUUUAAAACGCGAGGCCCCGUACCAACCGAGAGUGCUGUUCUAAAGAUAGCCAACUCUCUGCUAGACUCACGCCUCAGAACCAAAAGAGAAGUGACAAAACUCAAUGACCCUGUGAGCAAUGUGAAUGUCACCUAUACAAAACUUUCUAACAACUCAUAUGCCAUCAAUUUUGGAUUUGAAAUCAUCAAUGUUAAUAUGUCUGAGAGACUUGUACUCAGGAACAGCACAUAUGAUUUAAUCCAGGCCUCUAUUAAUAAACUGCUGAACCAGAUCUUAAACGACCCAAACGCCACACCAUUUGUGUUCGAUAGGGCCAAAUUCAGGGGCAAUACCAGUGUGAUUUUAGCAGAUGUUGAGUAUGUUUUCUCAGAAAAUGAUUUCAAGUUUCCCAGUCCUUUCCUCUUCGAACUUACCUAUGUUAAUUCGGGUACUACCACCGCUGCACCUACAACCACGAUCUUUCCCAGCACCACUAGUCCGACUUGGAUCGUGGCUAUAAUCGUACCCUGUGCCAUUGCCAUCAUGCUUAUACCUUGCUGGAUUCUACUUUGCUGUUUGCUGUGUGGUUGCUGUGCACGAUUAAGACAACGCUGGCACAGAAGACGGUCAUACAACGUGCAGUACACCACUCGAAACAGCAUCUUCUAAUGAACUUUAAUGACAAAAAAAAAACAGCAACCCAAGCAACUCUAAAGCACAACUUCAGCACACUCAGAAAAAUGAUUUCUCUGUUUCUAAUUAAAAAUGUAUCAAUGAUUAAUUUAUGGUAAUAUUGUACUUGGUAAUGAUUAUGGUAACUUAGAGCUUUUAUAAUACUAUUUAUUUUCUUCCUGUAUUGCUGGACAGACAGGAGCUGCACAAAAUUGUAAUGAAAGUGAUUUAUUUUUCUCAACUGUAUUAUGUAAUGAAAAUAUUAUUUAUUUAUACCUGUGCAAUGUUUACAAUAAUGCUGAUUUUUUUCCUCCAAUUAUUAAUUUAUUCAAUGUUACACAUUUCAGUAUAAUGGGCAAAUGGGACAAAAUUACAUUUAUUUAUCAAAUUAAACUUAUAAUGCACUUUA